UCUGCAUCCGGGUCAGCUGUUGCCGCUGCAGCUGUAGCCAAGGGGUUGGGCCCGGGUCUCCACUGCUGUCCGAGGGGAGCGGGCUCCUCUCGGUGCUACCUCCUGCGACCUGGCCGUCAGCCCCACGUCGCCGGCCUGGAAGGGCGAAGAAGACGAGGGGGCCAAGGCUUCCUCGGGGGACAUUGGCUCUCUGGAUUAUCAGGAGCUUGUAGGUGAUAUUGAAUCUAAGCUGAGGAUGGAAGGUGUAGAACUUAAGGAAGAAUGGCAAGAUGAAGAUUUUCCAAUACCUUUACCAGAGGAUGAUAGUAUGGAAGCAGAUGUAUUAGCUGUAACUGGACCAGAGAGCCAGCCUGAACUUAAUGGAAAUAAAGUAAGAAAGAAACUCAUGGCGCCAGACAUUAGCCUGACCCUGGAUCCUAGUGAUGGCUCUGUGCUGUCAGACGAUUUGGAUGAAAGUGGGGAGAUUGACUUAGAUGGCCUAGACACGCCAUCGGAGAACAGUAAUGAAUUUGAGUGGGAAGAUGAUCUUCCAAAGCCCAAAACUACUGAAAUUAUUAGGAAAGGCUCAAUUACCGAAUACACAGCAGCAGAGGAAAAAGAAGAUGGACGACGCUGGCGUAUGUUCAGAAUUGGAGAACAGGACCACAGGGUUGAUAUGAAGGCAAUUGAACCCUAUAAAAAAGUUAUCAGCCACGGAGGAUAUUAUGGGGAUGGAUUAAAUGCCAUUGUUGUGUUUGCUGUAUGUUUUAUGCCUGAAAGUGGUCAACCCAACUAUAGAUACCUGAUGGACAAUCUCUUUAAGUAUGUUAUUGGCACUUUGGAGCUAUUAGUAGCAGAAAACUACAUGAUAGUUUAUUUAAAUGGUGCUACAACUCGAAGAAAAAUGCCCAGCCUGGGAUGGCUCAGGAAAUGCUAUCAGCAAAUUGAUAGAAGGUUACGGAAAAACCUAAAAUCACUAAUCAUUGUACAUCCCUCAUGGUUUAUCAGAACACUUCUAGCUGUUACAAGACCCUUUAUUAGCUCAAAAUUCAGCCAAAAAAUUAGAUACGUCUUUAAUUUGGCAGAACUAGCGGAACUUGUCCCCAUGGAAUAUGUUGGCAUACCAGAAUGCAUAAAACAGUAUGAAGAAGAAAAGUUAAAAAAGAAACAAAAAAGAGUUGAUCAAGAGCUUAAUGGAAAACAGGAUGAACCGAAAAGUGAACAGUAAGUUUGGCAUCUAGUCCAGACAAGACUGAAGAAUGUGCUGAUGAAGCAGUGCUCUCUUUUUGCAUUUAUAAUGCAUUUAUUGGCCCUGAUUUUUAUGUAACCUGUUACAAAAUUGACUUGAUUCUUCCUUAAUGGACUUUUGUAUAAGGGACUGUUCACUGCUGUAUUGGUUUGCAAAUCUCUUGAAUUUAGCUCUUUAUUAGCUAAUUAUAUUGUACUCAUUUUAUAUUUUAUAUUGGUAAAUAGCAGAGAUCCACACUUUAUAUAAAGCAGUUUUUGCAUUUGUUUGUUGAAUGAUACAUCUUCUUCAGUAAAGUAUUUAUAUGCCUAAAUGGUAAAGGAAAGAGAUAAUAUAUAUUUUUAUGUUUCUGAGCAAUAUUUUUUAAUGUAUACCUGUUUCAUGGAAGAAUAUGCAGGUAAAUGAGACCAUGAUUUGUAAAAUACACGUUUGAAUUUUUGUUUCUUGUAGAUGAUUAGACACAUUUUCUGGGUAACUUACAAAAUAGAGUUGCUUAUAAGAUGAGGGACAGUUAAACUGGUUCUCAUGAAUACCCAAAGGUCAUGUUCAUAAUCUAAGUAGAUUAAUACUAUCCUUUUUUCUCAUUUAAUAAAUGCCGUUUAAUUCAGAAGCGCAAAUACAAAUGCAUUGCAGACCUUUUCCUUUUUAAACUUUAAUGACCAGUCAGAAAGCCAUUUUUAGAACUAAACUUCAGAGGCUAAGAAUUGGGAUUUGUAUAUAUGUAUAUAUGAGACGUUUUAUCUUCUGGCCAAAAGUCAGAACUUUAUUAUAAAAAGUUUAGGGUUGUUCACUAAUGUGAAAUAAGCUGUGUGUCCAGGGUUUCACGCUCCAGAAAUUGUGGGUGCAGUGUAGUAUUCAGAGAAUGCGAUGCGUUCUUCACUGUCACUAUUUUUCUGUAGAAAAUAGGGGCUGCUUUUUUAACUGCUCUCAGUGUGGGCACUUUACCAAAAUACUUUAUCAGUUAUUUAAACUUGAUAGUAAGUUAGUGUUUGACCUAGUCAGAUACCAUGUGUGUUCACAUUUUCUUUUGAAUCAUGUUGACAGUACUGUAAAACUAAGUUAUUUUGUAAGUCUUAGAGUAUCACUGCAUUAUGCUGUUUCGGAUGACACAUUUAAUGUAAGUGUAUAAACUUUUGUUUAAUUUGGUAAGUAUCUUGACUCUCUAUAUUAAAAUAUACUGUACUUAGGUGCCCAGACAGAACUUAAUUGCCCACAAAAUCAUCCUAAAACAACAGAUUGGUCUUAUAUUGUGUCAUGUACUUGUGUGACUCAUUUGGAAGACUUGGUAUCCUCCAAAUCUGAGGGUAUUGCCACACUCUGGGCCUUCCUAUGAGGCAGUUCACCAAAGAGUGUCCUAGAGUAGCAAAAUUGAAGCAGAGGAGAGCUAAGCUUUUAGGCUUCCUAAACUAAUGUCAUUAUGGCAAAUAAAGCCAAAACCAUUAUUGCUUGCUCAAUCCUUAGGAACAGUUUGUGUUGAAAAAGCAAACUAACAGUAACAACUUAGGCAUUCCUUCUGGAUCUACCAUAUGAGAAUUAUGAAUGUACGAUCAUUGAACUUAAUUGUGAUUGGAGUCUAUAUUUGUAGAGCUCUUUAAGUAGUCUUUCAUCUAUAAAAGUCUUUAUCCUGCUCACAGUUUGCUGAGCUUUUUAAAUAGGUGGUUUUCCUCCACAUUAAGUACAGAGCUUUUCAGUUUCAACAGUUUAUUGUGUUCAUUCACUUUUGGUUUUGUAAGCAUUUUCCUCACUACAGGUACAGCUUGUUGCAAAAGUGGUGUAUUUUCUUAAAUACUUUUCUAAAGUACAACUAGCUCAUCAUCUGUUAGAACAUUAAAAUUCAGAGGGAACAGUGUUAACACUUGGGAUAUAACAAAAGGGAUGUGCUGUGAAUCGCUGGAUUAAAACAUACCUGUUCUAACCUACAGCUUAAUGGAGUCUGGUAUAGAGAUGUGCCCCAUGAUAAAUGUUUCAUAACCCUAAGGCUUAAGAUCAUAACUAGUACGUUAGAGAAAAUGCAUUUACUCAGUUUGUUAUUAGUACUUUGUUAUUGUGUGACAUUUCCCCCAUAUCAUUCAAUUUUUAUUUUCCAUUACCGAUUAAAGCGAAAGUAAUAUAAUUGUAUUACUUCCUCUUUCUCCUGGAGUCAUGGAUCUAACUUAACUGGUUUAAUUUUGUUUUUGUCACUCUAUUUUGUUGUACUUGGCCUCUGAGGGCCUCUUAGUCCAAAGUUUCUCAUAUAAAGUCAUUUGGUUGUGUUCUGCUUAGUCGUAUUCAUAAGUAGCACCAAGGAAAGACGCUUUAUUGGCCUCACAGUUUAAGCUUAAUAACCUUUAACUUGGGUGGGAGCCUGGAGGGGCUAUGAUUCUAAGUAAGAUCUAGCAGGAUAGUUUGAAAGGAAGAUAACAAAACCAGGAAGUAAGAGAAAGGAAACUAUAAAGGGAUUCUCUCAGAUGUCACUGGAUGGAAGGGCAGUGCUGCAAGGGCAGCUCUUGGCACCGUGCAGAGGGCUUUCUUGUAUUCAGCAGGGAAGCCUGCAGGCCUCACACAGCAUUAUGUGAGAAAGCAGACUGGAAUGAAGGAGCAAAGACUGAGAAAACCCAUAAUGAGAAUUUGUAUUCUCCUCUGCUUUGUCUCUUCAUACAGAGGCAGAUUUGAACAGAGGGUCGGCAAUGACAGUGCUCAGAUUAAAGUUUAGGACUAGGUUAUUUUUUAUAUUUUAUAAGGUUGGUAAACAAUGUCUUCCAAAGCGGACAUCACUAUUUAGUAACUGCAGUGAGUACUGAAAUUUGCUGAUUGAUGAGCACAUAUAAGUAUCUAGAAUUUCUUCAACUGUAAUUUCAGAAUUUAAAAAGGUAAGGGAUCUGCUUUAUGAUAGAGACUUCUUGUAGAUGACUGUAUCACUAUUAUUUGGCUGUUUUUUGUGAGCUCAGGGAAUUUGGAAGUGUUUGAUUUAGUGCAGAAGUGGCUUUUUUAGGUUUCUUCAGUUGACAGGUAAAUUAGCAUUAGGGUACUAUCGGGUAGAACAGGCCAGUUUCCUGGUAGAGGUAUAUAUAAAGUGACAGUAGCUUUGUCCUCCUUUUUCCUGUGUUGUAUAUGGAAAAUUACUAACAUUGCUCCUUCAGAAGGGAGAAGAUAGGCUGGAAAUCGAAAUUUGCUAAUCCAUUCCAUCUUGUUUUCAUGCUUAUUUUUUUCCCCCAUCCUAUUUAGCUUAUUUGAGAACUGGGUCACAAACCUCAAAAGAAAGGAAUAGAGGAGUUAAAUGUGCUUAUUAAUUAGACCAACUAUUCUGUUAGAGUUUAUCUUGUCACAGGGACCAGGGAUUGUCAGAUGAGUUGGGUUCCUGGGAGAAAGCAUUACUAAUUUCACUCAUGUGAGAAGAUCAGCUGGCAAGGGCAGUGGAGACGGACUCUGCGGUAUUCUAAUAGUGCUGAAGAAUUACCUAGGGAGCCUUUCACUUGCCCCUUCCCUAUCCCAAGAUUCUGAAUGAAUUAGAAUCAGAUCAGUGGUGAGUCCCAGUAAAGUAACUUUCCUGUAAAUUUUUAAAUGAUACUUGAAAAUAAGAUAAUGUGUUAAACAUGAGUGACUCUAAAAUUUGAACAGAACUGUUACUUUGUUUCAACUAUCCAUGCUAGAUCUACUUAAUUUCUUCUGUUUUGAGGAUAACGUUCACAUAAAGCACUUAAACACCUCAUGAAAAUCAAAGGUUUAAUGUUUUCAGAUUGAUAUAGAAUCAUAUUAAACUGCUUCAGAUAGUGGAGUCUAUCUUAUAUGACCUUCUAUAGGAGGUUAAAACAUUUACAUUUUGAAAUCUGUGUUUUCACAAUCAGUGUGGCUAAGGAGGAACUUGGAAAAUCAUACUAAUUUGCUGCUCCACUGCACUUUUUAUAUACAGACUUUCUAAAGUUAUGCCCCUUGAACUGUUCAUUUACAUAAACCUAACUAGUACAUAUUGGAGGUGUUCUGGGCUGCUGUCUUGCACAGCUGGUUGGACACUGUUCACAUAGAACACAAUUUAGAGUUAGACACUAACACACUUUGAUACAAAUUCCAAAAAUUUGAAUAUUUUUCUUAAUGUAAGGUCACGUGUUGCCAUGUAGACACAGUGUGAUGUGAUCAUUUCACUAUUCAAAAUAUGCUGCCUAGGCUGGUGCUGUCGUUUUACAGUGUGAGAAACUUAGUUCUGAUGACUGUGUGCAAGAUGUUGAUGUGAUCCCUGUAAGAAAUAAAAGAGUUGGUCUUGAUUUACUAAGGAGAUGUAAUAUUUUAUUUUCCUCUGACUUGUUAGGAAUACAAGAGCUUGUGUCCUGAUUUGUUGCACAUCAUACUUUUGCAACAUUCAUGAGUUUAAAUAAAUUAAUUGGAAAGUUU